AUGCAUAGUCUCCAGAAUCUUGGCACCGUCGCGCUUCUUGCGACAAGCGCCGCUGCUUGUCUCCAUGCGCGCCACGACAUCAGCCACCUUCAUAAUGUCAAGCGCCAGAGCAGUCUGCCGACUCCCUUGAGCCCAGAAGAGGAGACGCUUGUUGGUGCCGUGUCGACCACGACGCUUGAUGAGUGGUCUUAUUAUUAUACUGGCGCACACCUUGCCGGGACCAAUUUGAGCAUGGCUCAAUGGACGGCAGACCGAUGGGCUGAAAGUGGACUCAACUCUACCGUGAUUUCCUACGAUGUAUUCAUCAACUAUCCCAUCAACAAGUCUCUUAGCCUGACGUAUGCCAAUGGAAGCGUGUUUCAACCAUUACUGGAAGAGGCCGUGCUAGAGGCAGACGAGACAACCAGUUAUCCCAACAGGAUUCCCACUUUCAAUGGCUAUUCUGCCAGUGGCAACGUGACUGCAGAAUACGUCUACAUUGGUCGAGGACAACAAGCAGACUUUGACCGUCUCGAAGCCCUCGGCGUACCUCUGGAAGGCAAGAUUGCCAUUUCGCGCUACGGCGGCCCCUUUCGCGGCCUCAAGGUCAAGAACGCCCAGGAGCACGGCAUGAUUGGUGUCGUACUGUUCACGGACACGGCAGACGACGGAGAUAUCACCGAGGCCAACGGUUACGCGGCAUAUCCCGACGGCCCUGCGAGGAACCCAACAUCGGUGCAGCGCGGGAGUGUCGAAUUCCUCUCCAUUUACCCCGGAGAUCCCACGACUCCUGAUUAUCCGUCCAAGGAGGGUGUGCCGAGGACAGAUGGGUCGGCUGUGUUGCCAUAUAUUCCUUCCGUCCCCAUAUCCUGGUUGGAUGCCCAGCCCAUUCUGGCUGCUCUAAACGGCGCUGGCACAGAUGGUGCUCAAGUCAACCGCUCGGGUUGGGUCGGAGCUCUCAAUGUCUCGUACUCGACUGGCCCGGCGCCCGGAGUCCAGCUAAACCUUGGCAACUACAUGAACGAGACCAUCACUCCUCUGUGGGACGCCAUUGGCAUCAUUAAUGGUACCAACGCCGACGAAACCAUCGUCAUUGGCAACCACCGAGACGCCUGGAUCGUGGGCGGCGCGGCAGAUCCCAACUCGGGAACGGCCAUCAUUGUCGAGCUGGCCAAGGCCUUUGGAGAACUGCUCAAGACGGGCUGGAAGCCCAAGCGCAACAUUGUGCUCGGAUCGUGGGACGGCGAGGAGUACGGUCUGCUCGGAUCGACCGAGUUUGUCGAAGAAUACCUUCCUUGGCUCAAUGACACGGCCAUCUCAUACUUGAAUGUGGAUAUUGGCGCCUCGGGACCUCAUGUCUAUUUCGACGCUAGUCCAGAACUUCACUACGUUACGCAGGACACCAUGAAGAAGAUUGUCUGGAUGGAUGGAAACCGGACCAUGUACGAUGUCUGGUACGGGGACCUCCAGGGAAAUAUUGGCGUACUCGGCAGUGGCAGCGAUUACACUGCUUUUGUUCACAAGGGUAUUGGAGCUCUUGAUAUUGGCGCCAGCGGCUUUGAUCAAGACCCCAUUUACCACUAUCACAGCAACUACGACUCAUACCAUUGGAUGACGAAUUUCGGUGACCCUGGUUUCCUAGCCCACAAGUCCAUGACGCAGUUCAUGUCCCUGCUCGCGUACAAUCUCGCAGACGCCGACGUGAUUCCAUUCAACUUGACCAACUAUGCCGUGCAGAUGGAUUCCUACUACGCCGACCUCCAGGCCACUAUCAACGAGACGCUGACAACCUUGGACACGGAUCCGCUCCGCGCCGCCAUUGAUGACUUCGCGUCGAGUGCGCUGCAGCUGGAGCAGCAAGUCGGCGACGCUCUGAGCGCUAAUGAUGCCGCACAAAUCACUGCCAUCAACCACAAAUACAGAGACUUUCAGCGGGGUUUUGUAUCACAAGGUGGACUCCCAGGCAGAGAGUUUUUCAAGCACCUCAUAUUUGCUCCAGGUGCCGAUACAGGAUAUGCGGCUGUGACCUUUCCAGGAAUCACCGAGGCUUUGCAAGCGGGCAACUUUUCAACGGCUGCUGAUUUUGUUACCAGGACUGCUGCUGCCAUCACUACUGCGGCAGAUAUCAUCAAAGCAUAG